CCUCCUCCCACUACACCACCACCACCAUCAUCACAACAACACAACUAUCAGCAGCAGCAGUCGCUAUCGAGGGCGGCGGCAGCGCAAGGCUAAAACAGAUUGGAAGUGGUGGAACGGUUCAUUGGAUGUAUUCAUGCCCAGUUCUGGCGCAAUUUCUCUAAGUGAUUUCUAUGGGGGGACAUUUCUCCCCCUGAUCCUUUUUUAUCUAUGGCGUCCCAUGCUUUUCCUCUUGCCGUGUUGCUUCUUUCUCUCGUCCUUUCGAGCCUUGCUGACGAUGGUCUGGGAUAUGAAAUACAACCGGGUAUUGAAAUCAUCAAACAACCUUACACAGUGAUAGCACAGUCAAAUAGCCCAUUGGUUCUAAAUUGCUCUGUGUCGUCAACAGUCCACACAAGGUCUGUCGUAUGGAAGAAGAAUGAGAAUACAAUUAUACCUCGAGGUAGAAUUUCCGUCUUACAGAAUCACACCUUGUUUUUUCGGCAAGUUUUGAACAGACGGAAAAAAGGGAAGAAACGGAAUGAUGAAGGGGUUUAUGAUUGCUACGUGAAGAAUGAUUAUGGGACCGUACUUGCCACACGGAUCAUAUUACUUAUUGCAGGUAUUCAAACAUCAUAUAUCCAAGAACCUGAAUCUCAAGUAGCAUAUGUAGGUGGCGUUGCUAGUUUCCAGUGCAACAUUAAGGCAGUGCCACAUGCUGUUUAUGUCUGGGAAAAGGAUAAAGCACAACUUCCAAAUGACCUCAGGUACACAACACUACCUUCAGGUAUACUCCAGAUUUACAAUGUUAAGAAAUCUGAUAUUGGUUUCUAUCGAUGCCGGAGUUAUCAUGGGGCUCUGCAACAACUGCCAAACCAAGUGUCCAAAUUCCAGUGGAGAGAUAGUUCACAAGCCAAACUGGAUGUACAAGAAAGUUCCGGGUCGCGACCCCCAAGGUUCCUCAGUCAAUCGUCCGGAGUAAAAGCCAUGGCAGGAAGUACUACAGUUUUGGUGUGUAUUGCUGAUGGGAGUCCUCUUCCUAAGAUCACUUGGUCCAGGGAAGAUGGGAAGAAAAUCCAGGGGAAAAACACGAAAGUCCUCCUUGGUGGGAGCCUACAGCUGAGUCACCUGGAGAGGAAGGACAGUGGCAACUAUAUUUGUACAGCAUCCGCUGGUUCAACAAUCUCAGCCGUCAUCUCAUUGGACGUACAAGUUGAACCUGAAAUUCUCAACGAACUACCCCACAGAGCUUAUCCCCAAGCUCACGUUGUCGACUUCAUCUGUCGUUACGAUGCUGUACCAUUUCCGACACUCACCUGGCUAUUCAAUGGAAACAAGAUAAAGGCGGACAGCAGAAUCUCAAUUACACCGAAGAAAGAUGGAAUAUCUCUGCUAAGAAUUAUUCAAAGUCAAGAGACCGAUUCCGGCUAUUACCAAUGUUUUGCUGAGAAUUCUGUUGGUUAUGCUACAGGGUUAGCCAGGCUAAAGAUUGAAGUCAAUGUGAAAGCACCAAAUCCUCCACGCAAUGUAACCCUCCAUACAGUCACAAUGAAUGCCUUAAACAUAAGCUGGCAGCCACCUAUAGCCAAACCAUGCUGUCCCAUCAAGACAUAUUCUGUCCAUUGUUCAAGAAAAUCAAAACCAGGAAAAGAUUACCUUGUCAAGAAGAACACCUACCUAAUAUUGAAGGACCUGGAGCCCUUUACCAACUACAGCUGUUAUGUCACUGCAUACAACCAUUUUGGUGCCAGUGGCCAUUCCAACAGUGUGUCUCAGUUCACUCCUGAUGCCACACCUUUAGUUGCUCCACAAGUAAAUAUACUUGGUAAAACACCAACCAGCAUUAAGAUCAACUGGGAUGAAAUACCAAGGGAGUACCGUCGUGGUGUGAUCACCCAAUACAGGGUUUACUACAAGGCUCACAACAGAACCAAUAUGGAAAAGUUCAAGAAACCAGCAGUCAGGGAAUAUUUAAUUACUGAUCUUAUGCCAGACACUGUCUACCACAUUCGACUGUUAGCUGGUACCAAUGCAGGCUUCCCAACAUUGUACGACUCCGACUGGCCUUGGGUUAUCACCAGGACCUUGAAUUUGAAGAGACCAGUUGAACCUCCCCACAACUUACAAGUGGUUAUACAGAAUGUUAGCUCUGUAAUUGUACAAUGGGACCACAACAGUACACUGACCAUCGAUGGUUUUGUACUGCAGGUCUAUAUAGUCGAUGCUCCGGGGAAGAAAUUUGUGUACACGCUUCCAAACUAUGUCACCAGCUUACCUUUGAAUGAUCUUGAGAACAACACCUAUUACCAAGUGUCUGUCAGUGCAUCAAGCAAAGAAGCAGCCUCAAUCCAGAUGACUCGAGUCUUCCAGACCAGCACCCAGGCCAAUGUUCCCCAAGCUCCCCAAGUGGUCACUGCCAGGCCUAUCUCACCGUUUGCUGUAAACCUUACGUGGGACCGGCCAGUCUUGACUGCAGCUGGUGCCAACAUUACCUACACGGUCAGGUGGAGUCCGAUAUCUUCCACCAAUGGCGGCAAUGAAAAUACUUUUAAAACGAAUUUGACAACUGUUGUCAUUAAGGGACUACAACCAUAUACGGAAUACCAGUUCUCGAUCCGUUCUCACUCAGGAAAUGAAAAAGGACCAUUUAGUAAACUAGCCAUAGCCAAGACCAACGAAGGAGCUGUCUGUCUGAAUAGCUUCCGUGGCCCGACAAUCCAAAAUGAGAUGCUAUGUCAUCUGUGUGGCAGGUUUUUCAAAGACUAUUUGGCUCGGAAUAAAGAUGAUGAUGAUGAUGGUAAUGAUGAUGAUGAUGAUGAUGAUGAUGUUGUUGUUGAUGGAAGCCAAUGUGGUCACUACUGCAUGUUGUUGAAGAAAUACUGUCGAAAAAUCAGGAAGCUUAUCCCAAAUUUCCCCAAAAAGUGUAUUGACACUAGGGCUUGAUAAACAUGUAAAGAGGGCA